UACAGCGUUUCGCUACGCGCAUGCGCGGCAAGCCAGGGCUCGCGUUGCUAGGGCGGUAGCGGCCCUUAGUGACUUGGCGUGUCUGUUUACCGUCGCCGCGUCCUCAAGUUGGAGGGGCCUCGGAAGGAUGGUUGCCACCCCUCAGGUAACCAUGCAGGGAGAACUUCGAAAUAUAAUAAUCUUCAAUGCUUCCAAAAAAGAGAUGUUUACCAUGAACAAUGGCUAUAGAAUUCUACAGAAAAAACUACGCAGUAACUGGAAAAUACAGAGCUUAAAAGAUGAAAUCACAUCUGAGAAACUGGCUGGGGUAAAACUGUGGAUUACAGCAGGACCCAGGGAAAAGUUCACGGCUGCUGAAUUUGAAGUUCUGAAGAAAUAUCUAGAAGAUGGUGGGGAUAUUUUGGUUAUGCUUGGAGAAGGUGGUGAAUCACGAUACGAUACCAAUAUAAACUUUUUAUUGGAAGAGUAUGGAAUCAUGGUGAACAAUGAUUCUGUGGUGAGGAAUGUGUAUUAUAAAUACUUCCAUCCUAAAGAAGCCCUGGUGUCCAAUGGAGUUUUAAAUCGGGAAAUCAGCAGAGCUGCAGGAAAAACUGUAUCUGGGUUAAUAGAUGAAGAUAACAGUGGAAAUGAUGCACAAGCUCUCACUUUUGUGUAUCCAUUUGGUGCUACACUAAAUGUGAUGAAACCAGCAGUGGCUGUUCUGUCCACAGGAUCUGUCUGUUUUCCUCUAAACAGGCCCAUCUUGGCUUUUUAUCAUUAUAAGAAUCAAGGCGGAAAGUUGGCUGUAUUGGGAUCUUGUCAUAUGUUCACAGACCAAUAUUUGGAAAAAGAAGAAAACAGCAAGAUCAUGGAGGUACUUUUCCAGUGGCUUACAACUGAUGACAUCCAUUUAAACCAGAUUGAUGCAGAAGAUCCAGAGAUAUCUGAUUAUACAAUGCUCCCAGAUAUAGCCACCUUGUCAGAACGGUUGAGAGUUUGUCUGCAAGAGGGAGAUGAGAACCCACGAGACUUCACUACACUCUUUGACAUGUCUAUUUACCAUUUGGACACUACAGCACUUCCCAAAAUCAUCAAAUCUUAUGAGCAGUUGAAUGUGAAAUAUGAGCCACUGCAGCUAAUACAGCCUCAGUUUGAGACUCCUUUGCCAACACUCCAGCCAGCAGUUUUUCCACCCGCCUUCAGAGAACUGCCUCCCCCCAGCCUGGAUCUGUUUGAUUUGGAUGAAACCUUCUCAUCUGAAAAAGCCCGCCUUGCCCAAAUAACAAAUAAAUGUACUGAAGACGAUCUGGAAUUCUAUGUCCGAAAAUGUGGUGAUAUUUUGGGGGUAACUAACAAAUUGCCAAAGGAGCAGCAAGAUGCUAAACAUAUCCUAGAGCACAUUUUCUUUCAAGUGGUGGAGUUCAAGAAGCUAAACCAGGAACAUGAUAUCGAUACAAGUGAAGCUGGAUUCCAAGGUGGCUUCUGAAGGUAUCCCUUCUUUACAUAAAGAAUGUAUACCUUUCCUUUGCAGAUGGACAAGAGACUACAGAGUCUAGUUUAUUUCAUGCUUCUCAAUAGACUGGCCUUUUCCUGCCAAAUUUUCUGAUGUCUUAUGAAAUCUUGUAAAAAUGUAAAUAUUCCAAACUUUUUUCUUACUGCAGCAAUAAUUUUGAUAAGUUCCUGUGUAAGAAAGGUUCCAUUUUAAUGUGUUUUUAAUAAACAUUUUGUACCAUC